AUGAGGAGAGGAAAAUCAUCGCCUGCCUCCUGCAUCCUGAUGUGGCUUCUCUUUGGAAUCCUGGGACUUGCUUCUGAGACCACCACAAUCAUCACCACAGCCUCUGAGGCUACCACGCCCUCCAUCACAGAAUCUUCACUCCCAAUAACUGCCGAGACCACCACAACAUCUGUGUCCAUCACAGCCUCUGAGAGCACCGCUUCCUCCAUGAUGACAUUUGUACCCACCAUAGUCUUCACUCUGACCUCUGAAAUCACCAUAGAUCCUAGGGCCACCACAGAUUUCACUGCAGCUUCAAACACCACUGCAGAUUCUGUGUCCACCACAGGCUCUGAGAUCACCAUGCCCUCUACAUUAAUAUCUGUGCCCACAAUGGCCUCCUCCUCUGCCUCUGAAAUCUCCAUAACAUCUCUACCCAUGACAGUCUCUACUACAGCCUUUGAGUCCACUGUGGCCUUCAGCAUAGUCCCUGAGACCACCACGUUUUUCACAAUAAUAUCUCUGCUCCUCAUAGCUUCUACCACAGGCUCUAAGAACACAACAGCCUCUGAGACCACCAUGGUCUCCACCAUCACUGCUGGGACCACUAUCAUCUCCACUGAAGCUUCUGAGAUCACUCUGGGUUCUUCUGUAACCUCUGUACCCACCAUACUCAUCACUGCAGGCUCUGAGACCACCAGGGCUCCCAGCACAGCCUCUGAGAUAAUCACAUCCUCCACCACAAUGUCCGUUCCAACCACAGCCUUCAGCAUAGCCUCUGAAAUCACCAUAAGUUCUUCAACUAUCCCAGUCUCUGAAAUAACUUCUGAGGCCCUCAAGUCCAGCAUUAUAGCAUCUGUGCCAAUGACAGCCUCUAUCCCAGACUUUGAGGUCUCUGGGGCCUCUACCAAGGUCUCUGAGACCACCAUGGCUUCCACAAUUACAUGUGGGCCCACAACAGUCUGUAAGAACACAGUUUUUGAGACUACCAUGGCCUCCACCACCACCUCUGAGACCACCAUGGCAUCUGCCAUCACUGCUGAGACCACUAAGAUCUGGACUGAUCUCUCUGACAGCACUGUGUCUUUGACCAUAGCCUCUGAGGCAAUGACAGAAUCUACUAAAGUCUUUGUGACACUUGGAGAAUCUGUGACCUCCACAAUAAUUCCAGCAUCUGCAGAGACCCUGACUGUCUCAACCACAGCUUCUAAGAGCCCCACAGUUUCCUUCUUAGCAUCUGGGCCCACCAUAUUUUCUUCCACAGAUUCUGGGGACACCAAAGCUUCCACCUCACCUUCUGGACCCACCACAGCCUCAGAGGUCACCACAUCUUCAGUCUCUUCUAUUACCUUGGUGCCCAUCAAGGCCAUUGACUUUUCUACUCAGUCCAUCACCAACACAGCUGUAUCAGGUGAAACAUCCACAGCAGGCAAGACUGAACACAGCAUAACUUCUAGUGGGACCAGUACAACCUCUAACACUAAAUCCACCACAAUUUCUGGAGGGACCAGCACACUUGUCAACACUGGAUUCAGCACAGCCUCUGGUGGAACAAGUAGGGGAACCAAUACAGCCUCCAGUACUGGAUCCAGCACAACCUCUGGAGGGACCAGCACAGCUGCCAAUACUGGAUCCAGCACAUCUGGUGGGACCAGUACAGCCUCCAACACUGAAUCCAGUGUGAUCUCCAGUGGGCCCAGCACAACUUCCAAUACUGAGUCUAGCACAACCUCUGGCAGGACUAGUAUAGCCACCAAAACUGGACCCAGUGUGACCUCCGGUGGGCCCAGCUCAACCUCCAAUACUGAAUCUAGCACAACCUCUGGAGGGACCAGCACCCCUGUCAACACUGGAUCCAGCACAACCUCCAGAGGUAGUAGCACACCUAUGAACACUGGAUCCAGUGAAAACUCAGGUGGGACCAGUAUAGCCUCCAGCACUAGAUUCAGUACAACUUCUGGUGGGACCAGCAUGCCUGCUAAUACUGGUUCUAGUACAACCUCCAGUGGGACCAGCAUAGUCUCUAGUACUGGAUCCAGCACAACCUCCAAUGGGACCAGCACAGCUACCAACCCUGGACCCAGUGUGAUCUCCAGCAGGACCAGUGUAGCUUCCAACACUGGAUCUAGUGUGACUUCCAGUGGGACCAGCACAGCUGUUAACACUGGAUCCAGUGUGACUUCCAGUGGGACCAGGACAGCUGCCAACACUGCAUCCAGUGCAAUCACAGGAGGCUCUAGCACACAUUCUCUAACUGGAACACACACAACCUCCAAUAGUGUUGGCACGACUGCUACCAUUCCAGUGAAUGAAGUGACACCUAGUGGGUCCCUGAAACCUUGGGAAAUCUUCCUCAUUACUCUGGUCUCGGUUGUAGUGGCUGUGGGAUUCUUUGCUGGGCUUUUCAUCUGUGUGAGAAAUUCCCUGUCCCUGAGAAACGUCUUUGAUACAGCUAUCUACCGCCCCCAUGGCCCCAACCUUGGCACGGGCCCUGGAGGGAAUCACGGAGUCCACCACAGGCCUAGUUGGAGCUCUAACCGGUUCUGGAGGAGACCAGUAUCCUCAAUAGCCAUGGGCACCUAGACCACUGGAACCAGACCAACCACCCCCAUGUCUGUCACGAUGGCCCCUGCAAUGGACUCCAUAUCCCCUGCUACCAGGAAUAUUUUGUGCCUGGAAAAUGAACUGGUCCAUGGAGGAGCACGUGGCUUUGGACACAGAGUGGGCCAUGAAUUGAGCCACAGCUGUGGGAGUGGUUAUGGCAUCAAUCAUGGCAGGAGUCAUGGACACAGAGGAGGCCAUUACAAUAGCCAUGAAAUGGAUCACAGAGGAGGCCACUAA